CGAUGGACUGAAUUUAAAGAGUUUGGUCGCAGUAGUUCGCUGUUAAACCCAAUAUGCAAAAAUAUGUCUCAUAGAAACCAAGAUAAAUUCGGAGCAGUUUUACUUCAGGUUCAAGAUGAUUUGAGACAACUGAGAGGUAAUCUCGAGAAAAUCAGUCUCAGUGAGAGAACAACACUGGACUUCCAAAUCCUGGACGACGCCAUUCGCAAGACAGAGAGCAGCAUCAAGAAACAUGCAGAAGAUUAUCUGAAAACAGUGACUGAGCAGCUGCUGGUUCUUCCAAGCAUUGAAGACAUACACAAAAAGGCCGUGCAGAUUCCCAAAUGGAAACCUGAUCUGGACAGUUUCCCAGAUAUGCCUCCACAAAGGGAAGACCUGCCAGGAGCAUCUCAGAGGGAAAAGCACAAGUCAACGUUAUCCAUGCAUUCGCUUUGCAAUCCUGCUCACCCAAACAACAGAGCUAUUAUGUACCGGAAAAGUGGGACAUCACUUCCCGAUGUCCACAAGAGGAGCACUAAUGUGAAUUUACCUGUGCCAGUUCCUGUAAAUAUCAGCAAAUACCCCUUCGCCAUCACAAAGGGGAGGAUGGACCCAUUGGCAGCGGAUUUCUGUCUCUUCAGGCAGAGAUUCAGCUCGUGUUGGAGCAGUGUGGUUUCUGCUCUGGAGGCCCUGGAGAAGCUGCUCAGGGACUUUGCUGUGCCUAUGGCCAAAGUGAGUGGGGAGCGACUAGUGGAGUUCUCCCAUGGUUGGGACAGUGGUUGGAGAACAGCCCGUCCAGUGAUUGGCCUCGUCUCAGUGCUCGAAAACUGGGAGGAGGUGUUGGGUCUGGUAUCACGCCCAGGUCAGCGCUUCAAGGGAGAAGGAGGCAUCGAGGCGGCUGCCAUCCACAUCCAGUCCUGCUGGAGGCGCUGUGUGGCCCGGACAGCCUACCUGCGCCACUGCCGCCGCAAGUGGGCGGCGGGCACCAUCUCCCUCUCAUGGUUGACGCGCUCUCAGAUGCGUCGUGUCAGGGAGGCCCUGCAGGCGCGGCGUCUCAGACAGCUGGAGAAUUCUCGCAGCAGAGCGCAGAAUCUGGCAGCCAACUGGAAACACAUCCAGUCCUCCAAGAGAACCAUUAUCCACAUCCCUUCAUUAGGAUACUCGCAGAGUCAGCGGCUGAACUUGAGGGAGUUUGACAUCCUACAGAACAUCCAGAUAAACAGGCUGUGUGAUAUCAGAGACAAAAACGUGGAGGUGAUCUACGUUUGCCCUCGGCAUCUGGGGGAGGACAUCUUGCACUAUUACACCAGCCUCCUGGUGCGUGAUGGAGCCACAGACGGGGCUGAAAGCAGAACUACUGAGGCCUCAUCCUCCGUCAGACCCUUUAUCAUCCUCACACCUGAGGCUGUAGAUUAUUUCCCGACCCGUAACAUGUGCCUGUCCACGCUCCUAAAGUACAGUCCACGCACCCUAAAGCGCAUAAGACACCUGAUCCAGGGGAAGCAGGCCUAUAUUGUGGGCGGAGUGGCCCAUGUGGAUGACCUGGCAGUGGCUGAUGAGCUGGGAGUGCCCAUCCUGGGACCAGAACCAGCUAUUGCACAGCUCUACAGCACCAAGUCUGGAGGGCGGAGGAUCUUCAAGGGAGCAGAGGUCGAUGUGCCCCCUGGUCAAGGAGACAUCUACACACUAAACAAGCUUCAUGAAGCACUGACAGAGAUUAUGACUCAAAACUUGGGUGUGCAGCGCUGGCUCUUCAAGAUAGACUCCGAGCACAGUGGCCGUGGUACAGCAUACGGUGAUGUGUGCCAUCUGAGCUGCUACAGUUGGGCGCUGCAGGAGUACCGUCGUCAUAGUGUCGAGCUGUGGAACACAAAAUGGAUUCAGGAGUCUGUUCUGCUCAGAUAUUCAGAUGAGAUCCCAGAGUGGCUGACCCGUUUCGCCCGGCCCGCUAAAACCUCCCGCUAUCCCAACUGGGCCUGCUUCCUUAAGACCUUCCUCAGGCAAGGCGGAGUGGUGGAGGCCUACCCCCCAUCAGACAGUGUCACCUGUCUGACAGUAGAUCUGCUACUGGAGCCUGGGGGCGAGGUGACCGCGUUGUCCUGUGGAGACCAGCUUCAUGGCUCCUGUCAACUGGAAGCUAUAGGUUGCACUGUUCCUCAGACCUCUGUGCACCCAGAGACCCUGCACUCCAUCUGCACGCGCGUGGGCCGGGCCUGUCUGCAGCGCUGCAUCGUGGGUCACGUCUCCGUGGACCUGGCUACGUUUCUGAACCACAACACCAUGGAGCAGGAGGUGUGGGCUAUUGAUCUGGACCUCACAUACAGUGACCAGCUGGCCAUGACCCAGAUGCUUCUGAUGAGGACUGGAGGAACGUUGAAUUGCCACACAGGCUGUUUAGAAGUGCCAGUCAGGGAGAAAUACUGUGAAGACCAACCUGCAGCCAAAAGUCCUGUGGUGAAUCGUUACGCAGUUCUCGGGAGCCACUUGUUUCACUCUAACCUUUCCAUGUUGUACCACAAUGUGUUCCUUAUGAUGUGCAAGGCUCAUGGCAUAAGAUUUAACAUGAAGAGGAAAGAAGGCACCGUCUUUGCUCUUUACGACAGCAGUGAGCGAUGCAGGAUUGGAAUGAUAACGGUCUCCGAGGAUCUCCAGGGAGCUCUGGUGACCUUUGCUCGGAAUCUGUCAGUCAUUCAUCAGGAAAUAUCAUCUUCUAAGAUGCAAGAAGAAACCAAUUUCAAGGCUCUGAUCAAGAACAUAGAGGACGUGCUGCAGACGAUUGUUCAGAACAAGCUGCGAGCGGUGAAGGAUAAACCUGCUGCUUAGACGGCGGCUUCAAAGAUAAGCUUGCAUUGCCCAUACCAAGCUAAGUCAUUGUGUCUUUGCCAACUUUAAUGCCACAUUACACUGUGAAUGUUUUGGCCCUGGAGAUUUAUCGAUGUUGAGCAAACACAGAUUGCAAAAUAAAUUGCUGAGAGACAUUGUUAGAAUCUGUCAUAUAAACAGUUUUUGUUAUCUAGAUCUACAGUCUGAAUAUACUGUCUGUUAAUACUUGAAAACAAAUAUAAUAAACUGUGCACUUAAUAAAUACCACUGAGGAAUGAGAAGGCUUUGUUCAAGUACUCAUAAAGUAACAGCAAAACAAGCAGUGUCAUCUUGCACUGUACAGUAUCUUGAGUUGUAUAUCUGCUGUGGACAGUUGAGAAAGUGAUCAGAUUUUGAAAUGUCUUCUUUUGUAGGUUGACUAUAUUUAUUUAAUUUCUUCUGUAACACAGUUUG